AGGCUGAGCAGCUUCCACGGCGCCCUCGUUCUGAGUACAUAUCUGCUGACGCUUGUCUGUGGUUCGUGUACCGCUCGCCUUUCUUUCAAUACCUUGAAGCAUCGACCCAGACUCAUCGAGUAGUCCUCCUCCAGCAGCUGCCAUGUCUGGGUUCCAAGGAAGCCCUCCCCCGCAGGGCAACUACUACCCGCCACCCCCCGAGAAAGCUCAGUAUCCUACAGACCAACCCCAAGGACAACCGCCGCCGCCGCCGCCGCCGCAGCAGCAGCAGCAGCAGCAGCAGUACUUUGCCCCUCCGGGCGGGAACUACCCCCCGCCGCCUACCGCAAGCCCCUCCGCUCAACACUACCCUCCCCCACCUCAGCAGCAGCAGUACGGUGCUCCCCCCGACCAACAGCAUGCUUAUCCUCCUCCGGGCGGUGCCGCACCUCCUCUCCCUCAACACCCACAGCAACACCAACCCAUGUCUCCUGGCUAUGGCGCACCUUCGCCUUCACCGCACCCGGGAAUGUCCUCGCAACAGGUAGCGCCCCAGCAACCCCAGUUUGCUGGCGCGGGAAGCACACAGGCAGACGAUGUGGGGACCUUCAAUGGAGGGAGCUACAGGGUCAGCCACAGGGAUACCAAUACUAUCUUAACGAUCCAGUUGGCCAUUGGAUGUCCCUUAACUGUGAAGCCUGGCGCCAUGAUUGCCAUGUCUCCAACCAUCACGCUCAAAGGGCAAGUAAAAUUUUCCCUCAAAAAGGUUCUGGUUGGCGGCGACAUGUCCAAGUCACACUACACGGGCCCUGGAGAGCUGCUUCUUGCACCUCCUGCCCUUGGCGAUAUAACCAUUAUCAAGCUAGGAGGGCAAGAGCAGUGGUCGGUGGGCAAAGACGCCUUUUUGGCGUGCACCCAGGGCAUUGUGACCGAGUAUAAGAGCCAGGGUCUUGGAAAGGCCAUGUUCUCGGGUGAAGGGUUGUUUGUAUACAAGAUUAGCGGACAGGGUAUUAUGUGGGUCACCAGUUUUGGCGCCAUCAUCCGGAAAGAUCUCCAAAAAGAUGAGAAAUACAUCAUCGAUAAUGGACACCUUGUAGCCUGGAAUUGCAAAUAUGUACUCGAGCGUGUAGCGAGCGGUGGUAUCAUCUCCAACAUGUCGUCUGGCGAAGGCUUGGUGUGCAAGUUUACUGGCCCUGGAACCGUUUUCAUGCAAACCCGCAACCCGCAAGCCUUCUCGCAAUGGCUCACGGCGAAUGCUGCCCCAGGGAUGUAAUUCGAGUGCUUAUCUGAGCUUGAAUUUGUCUAAAAUGGUGGUCUGACACUGAUUCUUCUGGAAAUGAUGAUGUUAGGAAGAGAUUGGUUGCGGUUAUGGGCGAACUAGUAUUCUUUCAUCGGGAGAUAGGGCUAUUCACGAAAGUCAUAUUUUGAAAGCGCGGAGUUGGUGUUCAAUAUCUCUACUUCGCAAUAGGUGAAAAUGGAAUAGUUAGUCCUUUCUGCAAGCUCAUUGUCUUUUAUCAAGGAUUCAUGCUGAGUUUUGCGACUACGGAACAGAAAUUACUGUGGUGGUGGUAGUUUCGUCACUGUAUUGUACGGAAUGAGAUGCAGAAGGGUGUGCGAUCACUUGGCAGACCUGGGUGACUGCGCCAGCCUUUGUUACC